UUAACUUGUUUUUCUCUUUGGUUUCUUUUUCAUUUUUGGACAUGUAGUGGAAAAGUUUUUGUUAUUUAUAGUCUAUGGUUAUUGCGAUGGGGGUGAUUUAUUUCUUUUGCUGUCUUUUGUGUGGUUUUCCAUUAUUAGGAUUAUCUGGUUCAGCUGAUGAUUUUCAGGCUGCUGAAAGGAAGUAUGAUGUUCCAUUACAGAAGACUGAGCCUAAGCUUGUUCCAGGGUCUUCAAAACCCAUGCUUUUUGUGCCUGCUGAAGGUGUUCCUUUUGUUGUAACUCCUUUUCCAAAUAGCCUUUUGGAUCCUCGGGCACUGACUGGUCCCAGUGCCAAACUGCCCGGAGUACUGAAAGCUUUGUUGAAUCCUAUAUCGCCACAGCCUGUGGUGAAACUACCCAUAUAUCCCAAAUCUGACGUGUCUUUGACUUGUAGCCUCUCUAACAUGAUAGUGAGAGUUAAAAAAUCAUUCUUUGGGUUUGGCUGCACUGAGGCUGACCUUGUUCUUGGUAGUAACUGCAAAAGCAAUGGUAAAGAUGAAGCCACUGGAGACCUGCUCUUUAAUUAUUCUCUAAAUGCUUGUGGUGGUAAAAGAUCAAUGCAUGGGGGAUGUCUGACAUAUGAGAAUGUUCUCCAUUCCAAACCAGAAGUGCCAGGAGUAAUCCGUAGAAAGCAGCCUGUCAAUGUUGCUCUGAAAUGCUGUUAUUUCAGGUACUACCAUGUUUACAAAGGUGCAGUGCACCCUACCUGGAGUGCCCCCUCUGGUGUGCAGUCCCUUCAUCACCCUUCUGGCAUGGUUUUGAAGUUAAUGGAUGCUACCUUUUCCAAGCCAUCUGAAGCUAAAGAAUAUCAUUUGGGCCAAGAAAUCCACUUUCAGGCUGUUAGCUACCCCAACAGUGCCAGACAGUGGCUUUUCCUUCACUCCUGCUUUGCAACUCCUAGUCCAAAUCCUAACUCCCAUCCACAAUAUACAGUAAUUAACAACUAUGGGUGUAUGGUGGAUAGUAAACAGGAAAGCUGCUCCUCCAGAUUUGGGAGGCCAAGGAUGGCUAAUGUCUUCUCCUUUACAGUAUCUGCUUUCCAGUUUAAUGACCACAAGCAGGUUUAUUUUCACUGCAAGAUGUUCACAAAGAAAAGCCAGGAUGUGACCAAUACUGCCAAGUUCUGCACUUACAACAAAAAACUAUCAAGGUGGCAGGAGCUUGGUGGUCAUGACCGUGUAUGUGAAUGCUGUGACUCAGUCUGUGGCCCUUCAGAAUAUGAUGAAGUUACUGAAAGCAAUGGCCCAGUGGUGGUGGUUGGCCAGGAUGGGCACCCAGGGGCCGGCGAAGGGCACCACGGCGGCCGGCACCCAGGGGCCGGCGAAGGGCACCACGGCGGCCGGCACCCAGGGGCCGGCGAAGGGCACCACGGCGGCCGGCACCCAGGGGCCGGCGAAGGGCACCACGGCGGCCGGCACCCAGGGGCCGGCGAAGGGCACCACGGCGGCCGGCACCCAGGGGCCGGCGAAGGGCACCACGGCGGCCGGCACCCAGGGGCCGGCGAAGGGCACCACGGCGGCCGGCACCCAGGGGCCGGCGAAGGGCACCACGGCGGCCGGCACCCAGGGGCCGGCGAAGGGCACCACGGCGGCCGGCACCCAGGGGCCGGCGAAGGGCACCACGGCGGCCGGCACCCAGGGGCCGGCGAAGGGCACCACGGCGGCCGGCACCCAGGGGCCGGCGAAGGGCACCACGGCGGCCGGCACCCAGGGGCCGGCGAAGGGCACCACGGCGGCCGGCACCCAGGGGCCGGCGAAGGGCACCACGGCGGCCGGCACCCAGGGGCCGGCGAAGGGCACCACGGCGGCCGGCACCCAGGGGCCGGCGAAGGGCACCACGGCGGCCGGCACCCAGGGGCCGGCGAAGGAUCUAAAGGAUACUUGCAGUUUUAUUGAGAUUGUUCUUGGACUUCAUGCAGACCUGAUGCUACUGAAAAUCGUGUGUGUAUAUACACUGUAGUAUGUGGAACAGCUUUUAAAACCUUUUGCCUGUGAACCCUGCAUUUAAAGGU